CCCUUCUGACAGCUACAAUGGAGAAGUGAACACAGAAGAAUUCUGCGACACGGUUGCCAUGGAAAUGAAUGCCUUUGGUUUCCUCAAGAAUGGACACAGAAAUCCCUUCACAAUAAAUCCGAGCUACGAAAACUGGGCUCCAUAGAUCGGCAGAGAUACUAGAAAGGGUCCAACAGUCUUCAACAAAGAAUACCAGAAGCUGCAGCUAAACAGCCCUCAAGGCAACACCACUGAGGUUUAUGUAUCAGAGGAAAGACUAGUUGAUGAACUGUUGAAGCUGAAGGUGGUUGAGAUUAAAAAGCUUUGCAAAGCCUGUGGCCUGAGUAGCAAUGGUUCCAAAACAGACCUGAUUGUGAGACUGCAAGAAGAAAUGAACCGCAGAGCAACAUAUGACAAAGUGUUUCAGAAGGUUUGGGGAGCUUCAGGUGGAUGGGCUGCUGUACUUUGCCCUUGUGGUGUUGUGUAUAGUGUGAAGAAGAAACAAAACACAGACUAAAACUGUCACCCCAUUACUGGUUCAUCUGAGCACUAUGUGCUAUAUGAUAAAUUCCAUGAGGCCAACACCAAAGACGCCCGUGACAGGCUGCGAAAAAUCUCACUUGUCCCUAAAUUGGCAGGUACAGUAAGUAGUCAAGUUGUGGAACAACUGUUUGCCAGUAUGCAUAAGAAUAAUUACUUUCUUAACAUGAUGAAACCACCCACUCAUAUAUUUCUGACACGGAACAUCCUCCGCAUCAUGAAUGAGGAACUAAACAACAGAACUAUUCAGAAAAUCCAAAAGACUAUUGGAAGUUCUUCUCCACUUACAUAUGAUGUACGUGGAAGAGUGAUCCUCGAUGCUGCACAUGUGCCUCCAUCUUUGAACCAAGUUGGACUUACAGACUGGCCAGAACCGAACCGAAGUUGCUGGGAAAAACCACUGACUAUUGUACAGCGUGAAAUGCUUACCGCUGCAAUGAGCAAGCCAGGUGAUGAUAUUAUUGCAGAAGCUGGCUCCAUUCUCCUUAGCAGAAGGACAUUUGGAACUUUGCCUCAGCCAUCGGAAGUUGAAGGAGAUGUUAUAAAUGCAUGCAUGCUGGUGCUGCAGAAGAUGGCACUUUCUAAGUAUAUUGAGAUCUUUCCUGCUGACUGUCAUACCGUCAGCAGGCGGCUGCCCCCAAUGUCUGCCUGUCCUUUUCAACACUUACCUGCAGAUGCAAGCAGUAAGGACACAUUGGUCUUUCCCUCUUGGAGGCCAGGUCACUGGAUGAUCUGUGUUAUCAAGCCAAAGUUGAGAGAAAGUUAUUUCCUCAACUCUCUGCAAGUGCAAGGGCCUCAUGAUGAGGCAUACAGAGCCAUUUACAGCAAUAUAUGUCAAAAGCUGUGUCCUGGACUGUGGACACAGUUUACCACUGAUGACAUUGAGGAUGUUCCCAGACAAGGACUGUCCCAUAACUGUGGCAUUUUCACAUUGAUGUAUGCUUUGUACAUCACUCUUGGUGGGCAGUUUGACUUUUCAGAGGCUGACAUGCCAACCAUUAGGCUAUGGAGGUAUGUUCUCCUCCUUGAAAACUUUCCUGCAAGGUCCACGAUUGAGAGUGUUCCAAGAAAAGACUGAAGGCAGCUCAUCACCAAAGCGGGCAGACAGAAAACAACAUUGAAGAAGAGGUUAGAAUUUUGCAGCUACCAGUGGACAUAUUGUAUGAAAUCCUUUUUCUUGUUGUGCUGGAGGAAGGAGAAGCAGCGAUGGGAAAAUUAUUACUGACAUGCAAGCGGUUUUUGGACGUUGUGUCUCAGACAUCAUUCCACAACAAGGCAUACCUUCUGUGGUUGGACAGUGUCGUUGACUGGAAGAAAUUCUCAAAAGAAUUUCAGGCAGAGUACCGGAAGUCGUACCACAUAUCAACCUGCUUAAGUUGUGGAAGCACAUUUAAAGAUUGUGGUGCAGGUUACUGGGGCAAUGGGAAAAGAGGACAGCUGAAAGGCUUUUAUUCUGAACCCAGUACUCCGGGGUACUGCAGCCACUUCUGCGCCAUGGAUGCAGGAUGCUAUGAAGAGUUUUAAGAUGUCUUCAAAAGUUAAAUACUUCAGAAGUACACCACCACCAAGUGAUGCCUGCACAUGUUUUUUUUUAAUGUAAAAUAAAAAACAUCUUUAAC